AGCAGCGGUGGCGACAUGAGCAGCGGGGCGGCGUCCGGGACGGGGCGGGGGCGGCCCCGGGGCGGGGGGCCGGGGCCCGGGGACCCCCCACCCAGCGAGACACACAAGCUGGUGGUCGUGGGCGGCGGCGGCGUGGGCAAGAGCGCGCUGACCAUCCAGUUCAUCCAGUCCUACUUCGUGUCUGACUACGAUCCCACUAUUGAAGACUCCUACACGAAGAUCUGCACAGUGGAUGGCGUCCCGGCCCGGCUUGACAUCCUGGACACCGCAGGCCAGGAGGAGUUUGGUGCCAUGAGGGAGCAGUACAUGCGCGCGGGCCAUGGCUUCCUGCUGGUGUUUGCCAUUAAUGACCGGCAGAGUUUCAACGAGGUGAGCAAGCUCUUCACACAGAUCCUCAGAGUCAAGGACCGAGAUGACUUCCCCAUCGUGUUAGUCGGGAACAAGGCAGAUCUGGAGACACAACGCCAGGUUCCCCGAUCGGAAGCCUCCGCCUUCAGCGCCUCCCACCAUGUGGCCUACUUUGAGGCGUCGGCCAAACUGCGCCUCAACGUGGAUGAGGCCUUCGAGCAGCUGGUGCGGGCAGUCCGGAAGUACCAGGAACAAGAGCUCCCGCCCAGUCCCCCCAGCGCCCCCAGGAAGAAGGAUGGGGGCUGCCCCUGCGUCCUCCUGUAGGGGCGUGAGAGGAGCAACCGGCACGAUCUCGGGACCAGCUGCCCUCGCAGAGCUUGUUUCCCCAUCUGGGUCUCCCAGGAUACACUACAUCCCCACCAGUAAUUCCUGGCCUCCUCCGGGCCAUCACCACUCUGUGCCUUCUGCCGACGCCUCUUUCCCCAACCCGAGCCCCUGGGUAAGGACUCCCGGGCAUCCAGGUCACUGCUGUAUAUAACUCCCCUCCCCCAGAGAAAUAAAGGUCACUGCCAACGUCA